GUUGGGAUGCUCUGGAUCCAAUCGGCUGUGGUGUCGAAGUGCCGAACGUGUAGAAUUCUUGCUUGGUCACUACUCCAGGUCUUCGUGAUUCUUCGUGUGUUCGUAGAGCCGCUUCGGCGCUUGUACCCGUUUCGUUCUUGGAAUCGCAGGAUUUGCCUCAGGGUUUCGUCCACUAGCAUUCGUUUCAUAUUGUGUGUGCGUGUGGGUGAGAGUGAGAAAUAGGAAAUCUUAGUUGUACAGCAUUCGACGAUCGUGGUGUUCUGAGCUUGAGGAUUAGCUGAAGGAAGAGGGUUUUAGAAGCCAUGAGUAGUAGCAAGCAUGCCAGGUUGCUGUUCAAAGCGUUUCAAAAGCCGCCGCAGAUACGGUGUUUUCGAGCGCCAUCGUCGUCUGCGCCAAUUAAUGAGAAAUCUGUGUUUUCCACGAAGUUGAGUGGCACCGAAUUUCUCUCUCCACUCUCCAAGAGAUGGACCGCUUUUUCGCUUCAUCGUGCAGUGCCCCAAGUUUCUUCUAUUUCUAACCUCAACAGUUUUACACAUUUUUCAUCUGCCGCCUCUCCAGAUGUUUCAGACAAAACGGGCAGUCCAGAGUAUUCUGCAGCAGAACCUAGUCGUACAUCAACAGCUGAAGGAACUUCUGAAUCAGUCCAACACGCAGAAAGAUCCAAUGACAUUAAAGCGGAUGAUUUAGCGAGAAUGGUUGCAGAAAGAGAUGCCCUACUGCAAGAGAAAGAUAAAACUAUUAAGGAAUUGCAAGACAAGGUGCUCAGAGGUUAUGCCGAAGUUGAGAAUGUCAUGGCCAGGGCAAGACGGGAAGCUGAGUCUACUCGUAAAUUUGCCCUGCAGGGCUUUGCCAAGGGGUUACUGGACGUGGCCGAUAACCUUGGGCGAGCUACAGGGGCAGUUCCUGAAAACCUUCGUAAACUAGAUUCUACUUUGGAAGAUUCAAGUGGCGCGGCGAAGGUGUUGAUUACAUUACUGCAGGGUGUCGAGAUGACGGAAAAGCAACUACAGCAGGUAUUUAGACAAAAUGGUUUGGAGAAAUUCGAAUCCGAGGGAAAAGAAUUUGACCCCAACUACCAUUCUGCAAUGUUUGAAUUGGAAGACGAAACCAAAACUCCUGGCACAGUUGCCAUAGUCACGAAGGUGGGUUACUUGCUCCAUGACCGCGUUAUUCGGCCUGCUGAAGUGGGCGUUAUCAAAGCUAAGGAGUGAAGAGUAUUUACGUCAGUUUUAUUGACGGAGUUGGCUGAAAGCCACGUGAGAAUCUCUAUGUUGAGAAAAAUCAAGCUUAGGAUAUGUGUUAAGGAUAUCCAUGAUCUAUAGAGAUGCUCUCAUAAAUUUUGACAGUGGAUAUCCUUUGUGGUUAUUUGGAUACUUUACAUUUUUUUAUACAAAAAUUAAAGAGGUCGGAAAAACAAAGAAUCCAACUACACAUUCGAGUCUGUGAACGGUCUCCCCAAUAAGUGUCCAGUAAUUAGGUGUCGAGUAACAAAGUCUACUCGCGAGUUUGCUUUUGCGCACGCAACAGUAGGUGCAACACAAACACUAGUUCGGCAUUGUUCCAUUUUCUAUGGACCGCUAAUAACAAUUCCUGUUGCUGGUGAACUUGAUCAA